UGUUUUAUGCAGUUUUCAUUUUUUCUUUAAUUAUUGUUCCUUUCAAUCUUACACAGAAUAAGUCACCCGGUAUAUAAAGGUAUUCGUAUUUCCCGCUAAAAUCGGCCGAUGACGUCAUAUCACGGUGUUUAUGUUUACUUCUAAAAAUUAAUACGCAUUCAAACGUAAACGUAUUUUACUUUAAAGAGUAUGGGUGUGAUCGUAGACACAGUGGUUAGAUAAAGUAAAGUAAGGUUAGAAAUAAAUAACCUAUAUGUGUUAACGUCAGUAAGUUACAAGUUUGUGUUAAGAAUGUGUUAAUUAGAAUAAGUAAUGGCCAAUCGAACAGUAAAAGAUGCAAAAUCCGUUCAUGGAACGAAUCCGCAGUAUUUAGUUGAAAAAAUAAUUCGUUCUCGUAUUUACGACUCUAAAUACUGGAAGGAAGAAUGCUUUGCUCUUACUGCCGAACUUUUAGUUGAUAAAGCUAUGGAAUUAAGAUUUAUUGGUGGUGUGUUUGGUGGAAAUAUUAAACCAACCCCAUUUUUGUGCUUGACUUUGAAAAUGCUUCAAAUACAACCUGAGAAAGACAUUAUUGUGGAGUUCAUCAAAAAUGAAGAAUUUAAAUAUGUUCGAGCUCUAGGUGCUUAUUAUAUGAGGCUUACUGGCUCAUCAUUAGAUUGUUACAAAUAUUUGGAACCGUUGUAUAACGAUAAUAGGAAACUAAGAAUGCAAAACCGUCAAGGGCAAUUUGAACUCAUUCAUAUGGAUGAAUUUAUUGAUCUACUGCUAAUUGAAGAAAGAGUUUGUGAUGUAAUACUGCCCCGAAUUCAGAAAAGAUAUGUCUUGGAAGAAAACAAUGAAAUAGAUACUAAGGUUUCUGCCCUUGAGGAUGAUCUUGAAGAAGAAAUUGAAUUAGAAGAAACAAUCAAGGAAGAAGUAACCACAAAAAAAGAAAAAAAAGAUAGUCGCAGAGAAAAGAAAAGAGAACGAAGUAGAAGCAGGAGCAGAUCUAGAGAUAGACAUCGUGAAAGAGAUAGGGAAAAGCAUAAGGAUAGGGAUAGAGACAGAGAUCGAAAAGAAAAAGACAGAGAUAAGGAAAAGAGGGACAGGGAAAGGGAAAGAGACAAGGAUAGGAAAGAAAGAAAAAAGGAUGAUGAAAGAAAAAGAGAUCGAGAUAGAGAAAGACAUCAUUGAUUUUUUUAAGCUAAUUUCAUUUAUUGUAUAAUGUUACAUCUGUACGUCUUUUAUUCAUUUUUAUAAAUUUUUUC